AUGUCCAAAGAAUUGCCCUUCGCACCACACCUCCAAACUGAAACCAACAAUCUGCUCCAUCAUCAAAACUCCUCAUCCUUUACUGCGCUUCCCAUGGCUCAGUCGGCCUGCCUGAGGCAGGAUCCGAAGUGCCAGGCCACUGAGAGUUCCUUCACAGAGGUCUCCUGCCCCCUGGAUGCCCCGCCGGUUGAAUUUGAGGCGGCAGCGUUUGAGGCGAAUGAUCCUGUGAGGUGGAAAUUACUCGAGCUUGUCAGAGAGGAGUUGAAGCAACUUAAGGCAACAAAGGCUGCUUACGUCUCGAAGAAGCAAGUCAUUCGACAAUUGAGGUCGCUGCUCGAGCACUUCGACAGCCUCCCGACGCUAAUGAAUACGCUCAAGACGUUUUUUCUUAACACCUUCCUCUUUCUCUCUGGCCUCGAUUUCCUUCUUCAAUUCUUCAAUUUUCUCAAUGUUCUCUCUUCUCUCAAUUUCAUCAUUGAUUUCCUGUAUAAUAGAAUAGCAUGUACCUCCUUUCGUCUGCUCCACGUCCCCGAACUGGUGAUAGCGCAUAAACUUGUCCCCUCUCAAGACUUUUCUUGGGACAUUAAACUGCCAGCUUCUUCUUGUUCAAUCUUUACAGAGGUUGCGGUGAGGAAUAGCCUCAAUAGUGACCUUGUCGCUAGCGACACGGGGAUUAAGUGCCCUCCCAUCGGCAGUCAAAAAGGCAAGGCUUUGCUUAAAAAGAGUUAA